AUGCCAAAAGUACACGACAAACUCCGCUCGGGCGAAAAAUCAUCAAAACGAAAGUCAUCAGAUGACGCGCCUGCGCCCGAGCCAGAUGAUCAGAUGAAUGUGUCCCUUCCACCUGAGGCGCCACCUCCAUCUGCCGUUCUACCAGAAGUGAGCAGUGGUGCCUCUGCCACCGCCGGAGAUCUGACCCUCUACCUGGCGGCCACUGGCAUUGGCAUACUUGUCCUCCUAGCUCUCAUCGGCUGCUCUGUACAUUUCAUCAAAAAAUGCUACUCGAAGAAGGAUGAGGAGGAGAAGAACUAUUCGAGUGAUUUCAGGAAGAUGCGACAUACUGGCCUGCAGACGCCCGACGCCGAUGGCCUCUACUCGCCUCAUUCGCGCACUCCAAGUAUGUGGUCCUCUAGAGUGAAGGGGAUAAAGAGUGCCACCGAUGGUCGGUUUGAUGAUGAGGAGAAGGGCUCACUUGACCAGAGUGAAGUCAUUGAGAGGGGUGGUGGCGGUGGCGGUGGCGGCGCCGGCGGCGGCAUAGCAUUGAUGAGCAAAAGUAUCAGCAGCAGUAGCAGCAGCAACAGCAGCAGCAGUAGUUCUGGAAACAAGGGCAAGUCACCAGGACCGAUCGUACCACUGCCGCCCUCAAUCGCAGUGAACCGAGAUGAAAGCCAGGAAGUGCGCAAGAUCAAGUCAACGGCCAGUCACAUGAGCACGGGCAGUACCAUGUCUUCGGGAACGCCUAGGUCGCUCAUUGGUAGUAAUCACAAACGCAGCGUCAAGGCCAAGGGACCGGCUCAAGGGGUUUCCGUGACAACAGUCUCUACGAUUACUCCCUCCGCCUAUGGUGGAUCGACCUCAUUGAUUUCCGGCACUGGGAGUGCCUACAACCCCAAAAGCACCUCACGUCCGAUCCUCACAUUCAAAACCGUCUCCGAUGCGGAGAAGAAGGCCAAAGAGAAGACCCUGCUCUCUUCUUCCAUUUCGUCGAGUGCCAAUGCUAACAGCAAACCGUUGGCGAGCUCCAAUCUGCCGAUGAGUAGUGCAGGAGGAGGUAAGGAGGUAAAGACCGAUUCAGUGAGUAAGACAGCAGUCGCAAAGGGCACCGUUCAGGAAACUGCCAAAGAAGUGCCCAAGGCUUAA